AUGAAUAUUUGUAGCGCUUUAUUGAAAAUCAAAGAGAUGUCGAUUCCCAGACUCGUGAGGAACGGCACCGAAGAGUCAGUGGUGUUGGACUGCGUUUACUCUUUGGAUAAAAUAGACGAUAAGAAUUUGGUGGUCAAGUGGUUCUUCAACGACGAUCCGGAGCCCAUCUAUCAGUUCAUCGCUGAGUUUGGUCUGAGACACGCGUCCAGUCGACUGAAGGGUCGCAUUAAUCUGAAUUAUACCGUCAAUAAUAACGACCCACUCAUCAAAUACAGGGCUCUUAAUCUAUUGCGACCCACCGUUGACUUGAGUGGUAGAUAUCAAUGUCAUGUCCAGUCGCUGUAUAGUCAGGACUCCAAAGAGGGCUCAAUGAUUAUAUAUGCCACACCCAAAGACAUAGAGUUUAGUUACAAAGCGGUCACUCGGAAAGAGUUCAGCGCUGCCCUCAGAAAACACAAGACCACACACACGGCUACAGACAAUACAGACACAAGUGAUUCCUAUUCUAAUGAUGAACAACAUUAUAGUUCUUCGGCGUCGGAACUGUUGUGCAAAGUGAGUGAAGUGUAUCCCAUACCGGAGCUCACCAUAUAUAGAGUGGCUCCGGACGGCAGUAAUCCCCGGAGUUUAGACAUAUAUCGUCCGAAUCAGUCCAACCAACAGACAUCUACCGGCGCCUAUAACUCAAGUGUUUCUGUUUAUAUCAAUGACAGACAUUUAAUUGAAACGUACGGAAACGAGGCCUCGAUUUUUGAGUGUUUAGUCGUUUUCAAUGAAAUCAAUCACGAAAUGCGAAAACGGAUCCAAUAUUUCCCAGUCUAUGCUCUAUAA